AUGGGGGGGCUGUGCCAUGAGGACAGGCUCUGGAGGAAGGACUUGUCCUGCUCCUGGGCUCAGUGCAGAGGCACAGGGGAGCCCCUGCAGUGCAGAGCCCCCCUGAGCCUCUUCUGCUUCCCUUCCCAGCUGGGCAGGGAGAGCCUCAGCUUCUCCUUCACGGUGGAGCGGGACAUCCCCGUGCGGGGCCUGAAGCCAGCCCAGGUGAAGGUCUAUGACUACUACGAGACAGAUGAGUUUGCCACACAGGAAUACAGUGCUCCCUGCGCCACAGUCGAGGCAGAACAAGGAAAUUCCUGAAGAAUGCAUCUUGUCGGAGCCUUGCUGUAUCAGCUCAUGUAUUUCUGCCCCUGGAAGGUCUUGUUAAGGAUGGGAUAUUGAAAAGUUAGAGGAGGACACCUCAAAAGCAAAAACAAAGCAACACUGUAAAUAAAU